AUGCAAAACAAAGCUCUAUUGUCGACGCUCGUUGGUCUCGCCAUCUGCCUUUCCAAGGAAGUGUCUGCGCUUCCUGUGCAUCUGCAGACCCGUGCGCCACCAGUCAUCGAGACCAUCAGCGACUUUGUCCGCGGCGGGGGUCUGCGUCAUCGCGUCCACUCGCAGCACGUCAAUGAGCCAGCGGCAAUCUACGAGGAAGAGACGCGCCCACUUCGCGGGGGCUACGUGCCGGGGACUGGCAAGCGCAGACUCAAGAAGAUCAUCUUGUACAGCACGUGAGUAUCCGAUGGACUCUCUCGAGUAGUUGUAGCAUUGUGAGAGGAACUGACGAGAACUCCCUUUCUUGUCAAGCGGUCUGGCUGCUGUUGGCACCGCCACUGGGGUGGGUACCCAUGAAAUUGUUGAUCAUGAGCGCGAGCAGAAUCGCGAACUUGCGAAACUGCGAGCGGACGUGGAGCGACGUGAGUGUCGGAGUGAACGCUCGUCUUGAACGCUCGUUGCCGGGACCACAGCAGCAGAAGUGCAUGCUUCAGACGAGACGACUGACUCGUACUUAGCUUGCGCGUCUCCGCCACAUCAGAAGCUGCAGCCAUGAGAGAGGCACGCAAAGCUCAAGAGCAGCACGGUGAGUGCAAGAGAGAUCACCAUGUCUCGCCCGUCUCCAACCCGAGACGAUUGACCUUGUCGUUGUCCCGCCAGGCGCGGCGCAUGAGUCGCCGCAGCAGAAUGUGCCUCUGCCAUCCUCGCCCACCAAGUAUCCUGACGAGAAUGCUUCGCCACAUUUUGGCCCUCCAGGAGGUAUCAAUGAGCUGGAGCAUGAGAGUGGCACGCAGAAGCGACCCAUCGGUGGGAACCCAGCACCUCAAGCGAACACGCCGGGACAGGAUAAGAAGCAUCCGCCACGUCCAGAUGACACCAUACAAGGAAAGGCCGUUCCCAGUCCGCCGACCCCUGAAUCGAAUAAUCCUGGUGGAGAUCUUCACCACCCACACGGGUCGGAGCUCGACGAACACGGCGUGGAAAAGGUCGCCCCGGCGCCUCCGUCGCCAAAGUCCAAUGCGAGCCCGCCGCACGAGCUGCAGACGGUCGGUGGAGGCGAUGAUGGGACUUUGGGCAAUCGCACCGGAGAAGCACCUGGCACUGUCCCCUCACCAACCAAGGAGAGUCCGCACGCUCCAUAG